AUGACUAUCAACACUUUUCUUCCCACCAUGUCCAAAGAAGAUAAAAAGAAGUACAAAAAACAAAAGCUCAUGGACUCCGAGGCAGAGAAAGUGGCCGAGGCAGCCGAGGAAUCCUUGAAAAAACACCCGCACCCGGACUCUUCGGGCCAUUUGGACUUCCACGACAAUGGCGAGUUCCAAGGCGUCCAAAGACACAAAACCACGGCGGAAAUCGCCCAGAAGUUGGAAAGCGGCAAGAUCAACCCGUUCACAGGCCGCGAGUUCUCGCAGAAGUACUGCGACAUCUUGCGUGUCAGAAGAGACUUGCCCGUUCACGCCCAGAGAGACGAGUUUUUGCGCAUUUUCCAGAGCACACAGAUCAUGGUGUUUGUCGGUGAAACCGGUUCCGGUAAGACAACGCAGAUCCCGCAGUUUGUUCUUUACGACGACAUGCCCCACUUGCACGGCAACCAGGUUGCGUGUACACAGCCAAGAAGAGUGGCAGCUAUGUCUGUGGCCAAAAGAGUUGCAGACGAGAUGGAUGUGGAGUUGGGCGAGGAGGUGGGUUACUCGAUCCGUUUCGAGAACAAAACGUCGUCCAAAACCGUGUUGAAGUACAUGACCGACGGUAUGUUGUUGCGUGAAGCCAUGGAGGACCACAACUUGGCCAAGUACUCAUGUAUCAUCUUGGAUGAGGCCCACGAGAGAACGUUGGCCACAGACAUCUUGAUGGGUCUUCUCAAGCAGGUGACCACGCGCAGACCAGACUUGAAGCUCAUCAUCAUGUCGGCCACCUUGGAUGCGGAAAAGUUCCAGAAGUACUUCAACGACGCCCCUCUUCUUGCCGUGCCUGGAAGAACCCACCCGGUCGAAAUCUACUACACUCCGGAGUACCAGAAGGACUACUUGGACGCGGCCAUCCGCACGGUUUUGCAGAUCCAUGCGACGGAAGAGGAAGGUGACGUUUUGUUGUUCCUUACUGGAGAAGAAGAAAUCGAGGACGCCUGCCGCAAAAUCCAGUUGGAGGGAGACGAGUUGAUCCGCGAGCAGGGCAGCGGGCCCUUGAAGGUGUAUCCGUUGUACGGAUCUUUGCCCCCACACCAGCAGCAGAAGAUCUUCGAGCCUGCUCCUGUCAACACCAGACCCGGAGGACGGCCAGGCAGAAAAGUCAUUGUGUCGACCAACAUUGCCGAAACGUCCUUGACCAUCGACGGAAUUGUGUAUGUGGUGGACCCAGGCUUCUCGAAGCAAAAGGUGUACAACCCAAGAAUCAGGGUGGAGUCUUUGCUUGUGUCGCCCAUUUCCAAAGCUUCGGCGCAACAAAGAGCUGGUAGAGCCGGUCGUACGCGGCCCGGUAAGUGUUUCCGCCUCUACACGGAAGAAGCGUUCAAGAAAGAGUUGAUCGAGCAGCUGUAUCCGGAAAUCUUGCGGAGCAACUUGGCCUCGACGGUUUUGGAGCUCAAGAAGUUAGGCGUGGACGACUUGGUGCACUUCGAUUUCAUGGAUCCUCCAGCUCCAGAAACGAUGAUGCGUGCGCUCGAGGAAUUGAAUUACUUGCAGUGUCUUUCCGACGAAGGUGAAUUGACUGCGUUGGGCCGUCUUGCGUCCCAGUUCCCGUUGGACCCUAUGUUAGCGGUGAUGUUGAUCGGAUCCCCAGCAUUCCACUGCUCGGAAGAAAUCUUGUCGAUCGUGGCGCUUUUGUCUGUUCCUAACGUUUUCGUGCGUCCUGCGGCCGCCAGAAAGAGAGCCGACGAGAUCAAAAUGUCCUUUGCCCACCCUGAUGGCGACCACUUGACCUUGCUUAAUGUGUACGAAGCCUUCAACUCGGAUGACGCAUACAAUGUUGGUUUGCACCAGUGGUGUCGAGACAACUUUUUGUCGUACCGGUCGCUCCAGUCGGCGAAAAACGUCAGAUCACAGUUGCGCCGUCUCAUGGAACGCCAUGACUUGGAGUUGAACUCAACGCCAUACGAAAACCCAUCCUACUGGGACAACAUCCGCAAGGCGCUUACUGCGGGCUUUUUCAUGCAAGUGGCCAAGAAAAAGAGCGGCAACAAGGGCUUUUUGACCGUGAAGGACAACCAGGACGUGUUGAUCCAUCCGCUGACGGUGUUGGCCAAGGAAAACGAGUGGGUCAUCUACAACGAGUUUGUUCUCACCUCGAAGAACUACAUCCGUACAGUAACCAACGUUCGUCCGGAAUGGUUAGUGGAGUUGGCACCAAAGUACUACAACUUGGAGCACUUUAGCAAGGGCGACGUUCGCCUCUCUUUGGAACGCAUCAUUGGACGAUACGAGGCGAUGCAACGGGCCGGCAAAUAG